AUGGAUUACAAGCUCACCACAGUGAUGAAAAUCCACCAAGGCUGGAUAAAGUCAAUAGACAUAGAUCCUUACGAUGCAUUCGUUGCCUCCUCUUCAAUGGAUAGAUCUAUAAAACUAGUUGAUAUAAAAACUAAGCAACUACUCGCUUCUAUCUCACAAAAGUCCGUAUGUGAAGAUGUAAAAUUCAGUCAAACACAUCCUUAUAUUUUCUGUGCUUCUAAUGAUGGAUUGAUAAGAUGCUAUGACCUUGUUGAUAGAGAGUUCAUAAAAGAAUAUUACGGGCAUAUGUCAUCUGUAUUGUGCUUGGAUACUUAUGAAGACAUGCUUUUCAGUGGAUCUGCGGAUUGCACCGUCAGAGCUUGGGAUAUAAGAACCAAGACUUGCGCUUCUAUCAUGAAAGGACACUCACUUCCAAUCAACCGCAUUAUAUAUAGACACAACAGUAUUUACAGCUGUUCAAUGGACGGAUGCAUAAAUGUCUGGGAUAAAAGAAACCUCAGGUCCUCUCUUGCAAUUAUAAGCUCAAAUGUAUCAGAUAUGUGCUUCUGUGGAGACUCACUAUUCAUAUCAAAUAGCAAAGCAGUAUUUGAGUGCAAGCAACCUCUGGAUACAGUAAUCCAAGUAAAUACUCUUUGUCUGCAGCACUAUGAUGAUCAACACUAUAUCAUUGGCUCUGAUGAGUUCAUAAUCAUCAAGUCAAAAGACACGAGCAUUCCAGAUCAUAGAGUCAACAUCUUUGGGAUGGCAAACACUCUGAAGGCAACAAGUGACAGAACAAAAAUAAUAGUGGGUGGUAUAAGCAAAAACAUGGAGUUCCUGGAAAAAAACGAACAUGACAUUUAA